ACACUGCAGGCUAGACACCGUUCAUCUGCUAAGAUGAAUAAAUCUUUGUUUGCUUUAUUCUUAUUAUUUACCUUCUGGUCUCAUUGCAGCCUUGAAAAUCCGAUGAGGAGAAUAAAUUCCCUACCUAAGCUCCUGGGGUGUAGCCCAGCUCUGAAGAGGAGCCAUUCUGAUUCUCUUGACCGUGACGUCUUUCAGAUGAUCGACCAGGAUGAGAACAAGGAAAAUGAAGCCUUUGAGUUUAAGAAGCCAAUAAGACCUGCAUCUCGUGGCUGCCUGCACUCACAUGGACUUGAGGAGAGUAAAGAUCUCUUCACGCAGAGGCAGAACUCUGCCCCAGCUCGGAUGCUUUCCUCAAAUGAAAGUGAGAGCAGCGAGCCGGGGAAUUUCAUUCCUCUUUUUCUGCCCCGGUCACCUGUGACUGUGACUCUGUCUGAUGAGGAUGAUGGCUUCAUGGAUGUUCUCGACGGAGAGAAUCUUAAGAAUGAUGAGGAGACCCCGUCGUGCAUGGCAAGCCUCUGGACAGCUCCCCUUGUCAUGAAAAGAACCACAAACCUUGGCAAUCGCUGCAAGCUGUUUGACUCCCCUUCCAUGUGUAGCUCCACCCGGUCAACUUUGAAGAGACCAGAACGAUCUCAAGAGGAAUCUCCAUUUGGAAAUUCGAAGCGGAGGAAAAGCAUGACUGGGGCCAGUCCGGAAGGGGCAGCUACUCCAGAGAAGCCCCAGGAGAUUCUACAUCAGUGUUUGUCCUUGGCGUCUUCCCCAAAAGGGACCAUUGAGAACAUUUUGGACAGUGAUCCAAGGGACCUUAUAGGAGACUUCUCCAAGGGUUAUCUCUUUCACACGGUUGCUGGGAAGCAUCAGGAUUUAAGAUACAUCUCUCCAGAAAUUAUGGCAUCUGUUUUGAAUGGCAAGUUUGCCAACCUUAUUAAAGAGUUUGUUAUCAUUGACUGCCGAUACCCAUAUGAAUAUGAGGGAGGCCACAUAAAGGGUGCAGUGAACUUGCACAUGGAAGAAGAGGUUGAAGACUUCCUACUCAAGAAGCCCAUCGUACCUACUGAUGGCAAGCGCGUCAUUGUCGUGUUCCACUGCGAAUUUUCUUCUGAGCGAGGCCCCCGCAUGUGCCGGUACGUGAGAGAGAGAGAUCGACUUGGUAAUGAGUACCCCAAACUCCACUACCCUGAGCUGUACGUCCUGAAGGGCGGAUACAAGGAGUUCUUCCUGAAGUGCCAGUCUCACUGUGAGCCCCCCAGCUACCGGCCCAUGCACCACGAGGACUUUAAAGAAGACCUGAAGAAGUUCCGCACGAAGAGCCGGACCUGGGCAGGGGAAAAGAGCAAAAGGGAGAUGUACAGCCGUCUGAAGAAGCUCUGAGGGUGGCGGUCCGUCCCUCCGCCCUUCCCCUCUUCACUGCAGAGAAACUUGAGGAAAGGGGACAGCUGUGUGGCAUUUGAAGAGAAGGCCUGCGGCUUCCGUGCCUUAAACCUACCUCCCACACUCCCAGGGUUGGAGCCCAGAGUAUCCCGUUGGCAACACCUCUUCUGUCCCUCAUAAGAUGGCUUCCUUCCACAUCAGAACUGUGCCAAGACUGUCAGAUGCCACAGUACAGUUCCGAGCCACUGUGUCAAGACAUCCCAACUCCUCAUCCUGCACAGUUGGACGAAUAACCUGGUGCCUUGCUGGGCGCUGGCUUUCUCGCAUGAAGCGCGGGGCUUCAAGGGGAGGGGCAAGUGGAAGCAGAAGUAACACGAAGAGAAACACUGCUAGCCAGAUACCAAAGGCAGCCUGGGAAGGAAGGGUCUUUGUGGGAUAACCCGUAUCUUUAAUUUAUUCAACUUUAUCAAUCACUUUAUUUUAUUUUUAACUCCUGGAGACUUUUACUUAACUCCUUUGUUAGGUCAAAAUACUGCCAUUCUAGGUAGGGUUUUAUUAUCCCAGGGACUACCUCUGCUUUUAAUGAGAGAAAAAAAAAAAAGACAGGGGGAAGAAAAGUCAAACCUGUUGUGAAUUGUGGGACAGAGAGCUAGGAGCUCUGUCACCCCCAGGAGGCACUGCAGUACUGGGGCUGCUGCUAUUUAAAGCCAAGAACUGAGAUACUGUGGGAGCGGGCACUGGACUCAGGCUUGGCUGCAGGACAUAAGCUAAACCUCCCAGACCUACCUCGAAGGCUUUUGAGAUCUAUUUGGGGGGCAGGGGAGUUCCCUGUGGUAUUGGCUAGAAUAGGAGCCACAGUCAGGAAAGCACUUCAGGCAGCUUCCACUGGGCCACCCCCAGGUCAGUGUUGGAAAGUGGUAGUGUAGGUAUCCCAGGACGGGUGGGAACGGGUGGGCUCCACAGGACGGGGAGGGAAGUAGACACUGAGUGUCCUCCUUCAGCUACUCUGACACUCUUUAAUAGCUUUUUUUUUUUUUUUUUAAUGGUCAUUUUAUGAGUCAAGAAAAAUCAAGUCGGUGUCAGAUGGGCCACCCAAGGGUAGGGAGGGGCUGGAAGCCCUGGGCAUGAGGAGGAGGGAAUGGGUGCUGACAGAGAUGACAGGGGGGAGUCUGGUGAAUUUUGAAGGUAAAACUUUCUGGAUUUAUCAUGUUUUAAUUUGAGGAACGGGGAGUAAUGGAUCAUCACCAGUUGCCCACUCAUCUAACCCUAUGGAAGUGGAGUCUGAAAGGAACACCUCCCAUCUACAGAGCUGGGGCUGACUUGAUUGAUUCUAGACAGGCCUGCUUGGUGCCUGCUCAUCUGUACCCUCAGGCCCAGCCACUUCACCAUCUCUGCACCAUUGGGGUGUAGCCAAGUUUUUCUUAAACACAAGGUCAAUCUCACCUCUUGCCUCGGGAUUCUGUUCUGGGGAUGGGGAGGGAAUCGGUGAUAUUGGAGAUGACUGGUUACUGAGUUAUGGGUUUGAGUUGGAUUUGUCUAUAAAACAAUCUUGUUGAAAAAAGUAUGUGGGGAGUAUGGGAGAGAAGAGCUAGAAGACCUCACACACAAUGGAGACAUCACAGUUUGGUCCCCGAUCUUGGUUGUAGGGAUUCUGUUGGUUGAAUGCCUGAAGAGGGAGGCGGGAUGACCUGCAUAUUGUGCCAGCUCAGCCAGCAUUGCUAACCACCUGUUGCAGGCUCUGAAAAUAAAAACAGUCUUGGACCCACACUCUGCCUGAUUCUUGACAAAUUUAAAGGGAAUAACUUUUCCCUUUAAGAUCCUGGGGACAUACUUGACUAAAACCAGCGUCUGGGACAGCCACAUUUCCUCAAGAGGCCAAAGGGCUCUUGCAUAGCUUGGCUUCAGGGAUGCCUGGAAGGAGCCCGAAGACUCAAAUGUGUGGUUCAGAUGGAGUCACAAGAUGAAAUGAGUGCAUUAAAAGCUUGCCUGAACCAUUGGCAUUUGCUUACAAGAUCUAUUAAUUCAUUUUAUGGAAAAAGCAACAGGUUGAAGGAGGGACCAUAAGUUUCAGCUGUUGUGAAGGAGCCAGAGAGGAUACUACAUGAUGAAAAGGGACAAAUGUGGGUAGAUCAUGGGUCCUCAGGCACAACCAGGGAGACAUGGAAGUGUGAUGCUGGAGAGCUAUUGGUUAACUUCUAUAACGACUGGAGCACCUACCAAAAUAGAGUGGCGCUCAGGAGAGAGAAGUGUGUUCCUUCCAAUAUGUAUAAAUGUAAAAAAAGUGGUUCAAGCAUAUCUACUACUAUUGAUAGAGUAUUUUAAAUCUUCCAUAAUCACACAUAAAUAUUUCACCCAUGAUCCC